AUGGGUGAUGCAAAUGAUGAAGACAGGAUUUCCAAGCUUCCAAAUGGAGUGAUUCAUCACAUGAUGUCGUUUCUCCCCACUAAAGAUGUAGUUCGAACAUGUCUUCUUUCUAAACGCUGGAAACUCAUCUGGUAUUCAGUCCCCGCACUCUCUUUCUCUGAUCAUAUUGAAGUUGAAGGGAGACAAGAGUUUUACAAUUAUAUCGAAAAAUAUUUGGAACACCGAAAAAGAGGUAUGUAUUAUAUCGUCGAUUCAGUCAUAACUAGUUUUAAGCUUAACAUGCUUAACUACUGGCACUGCAAAUGCGAAAAAAGUAAAGCUGAUGACAUCCUAGAUAAAUGGUUAGCUUUUAUAGUACUGAAUAAAGUUGAGGAAAUAUAUCUUAGUAUAUGGCCUAAGCAACAUUGGAUCUUUGAAGAGUCCUACUACUACUUCUGCUACUACUGCUUACCUAAAAUAUGGUUUGAAAAUGCAACAUAUUUGACUGUUUUGGAGUUGGAAUAUGUAGAGUUGGAUGCUUCUUGUUCUUUUAGUUUUCCAUCUCUUAAAAUUUUGUCAUUGAAAGAAAUUCACCAUUCAAAUACUGCAGAGGAUGAUGUGGUAUUUAAGUUUUUGUUGGGUUGCCCUUCUCUUGAGAAAUUAUGGUUACUUGAUUAUGAGUUCUUAUGUAUUGACAAUAAGCCCCAACUACUGCUAAGUUUAAGCCUUAAGUUUUUUGAGUCUUUUUUCUCUGUGUAG